CGGGCGGCGGAACCACAACAUCCCGGUGGGCCAUGAAUUCGGGACGCCAGCCUCGGACACCCUUCAGCAUUGCAGACAUUCUAGGCCCGUGCACGGUGCCCCGAGCACCCUCUGCGCCACGGCUUCCAGAGCCCAGCCCGGGUCCCACGUCACCGCUGUGCGCGCUGGAGGAGCUGACCAGUAAAACCUUCUGCGGACUGGACGGGCGCGGCCUCCCGCAACCCUCUGAAGACAAGGCCGCCUCCCCCGUGCUGGGGCCUGGUUCCGCGGGCCGCAAACGGCGCAAAGCACGCACUGCGUUCACCGCGCAGCAGGUGCUGGAGCUGGAGCGGCGAUUCGUCUUCCAGAAGUACUUGGCACCAUCAGAGCGCGACGGCCUGGCUGCGCGACUCGGCCUGGCCAACGCGCAGGUUGUCACUUGGUUCCAGAAUCGCCGUGCCAAGUUCAAGCGCGACGUGGAGGAGAUGCGAGCCGAUGUGGCCUCGCUACGCGCAUUGUCCCCUGGAGUCCUGUGCCGCCUAGCGCUGCCCAGUGGUGUUCAAAGCCCUGGCGGCCUCCCCACUGGAUCUGACUCCGGGACCCACUUGUCAGACGAAGAGAUACAGGUAGACGAUUGA